UUAAGAGGGCCCAUUGCGGCCCAGCAUUGCAGCUCAAGGCAGGUAGCACUGAACGUCGUUUUGCUCUGGACCCCCAAGUCCAAACAGCAUGGCAUGGUCAUCUUUAUGUCCCUUACAGGUGAAAACGCAGCUGCCCAAGGUCCGGAAGCCCCCUCCAAUGUUAGAGGCUCCUCCGGAGACCACCUUCUGGCAGCUGUGGACCGGUGCUGACUUGGAUCCGAACAAAAGAAUGAGUCUAGUCGACUCUGAGCCUCUUCCGCCAAUCAGGUCCUAUUCUAUAGGCUCUGAGCCUGAACAACCAGUCAUAUCCACCCUUACUAAAGAGGAGAUGUCUGCACCACCUUCAUUGGCUAGUUUCUCUUAUGAAGAGAAUUGUGCUCCGGUUGAAAGCUCCUUGGAGGACUUAGAGUUGGAAGGCGAUCCAGUCCAGCCCUCACUGGAUGAGUUUCUACUGGUAUCUUUUCCAGCACAUAGAUCGAUUUUAGAGGAACAAGGUCGCCGAGUCCUGGAAUCUCCGGGGCCAACUGAGCCACCUUCAGAUCUGCCUGAGUCUCUCCCACCCAAAGAGAAGCCAGCCACACCUUCCCCUCUGGCUCAGUCCCCUUCCUCAGAGCGGGCUCUCCCUGAGAGCGGGCCAUGGUCCUCAUGGCCUUUGUCAGGACGGAAUCAACCCGACCCUGUUUCACCUCCCAACUCGCCUGCGCAAGAACGUGUGCCGGCACCUGGACCAGCCGCAGAGCAGGAUCUGGGCAAGACUCGCCCACCCGUUGGUCUUGUGGCGAAGGAAGAGCUGCUGCAAGCAGUCGCACCACCCAAUUCUCCUUUGCUAGAACACGGUGCUUUGGAAGAACCGGUUCCACCAACGGAGCCUCCGGCUGAAGAACAAGAUCGGACCCAGUCGCUUCAGCCAGUCAGAUCACUUCCGGUAGAAGAGGAUCCUUCUGAGGCCCUCCCACCAGCUAGAUCACCCACCGCAGAAGAGGAUCAGCCAGAAGACGUUCCACCAGCCAGCUCACUUUCCCAAGGACAAGGUUUGCCAGAACUUGCUUCGCCAACCCAGCUACCCACAGGGGAUCUGCCUGAGGCUCUUUCCCCGGCCAUUUCUCCUGCAGAGGAACAAGAGCAGGUUAAACUACCUUCACCAUCUAUCUCAACUUUGAAAGUCGAGGGUUUGUCAGGAGCCAUUUCGUCACAUCCAUCUGGGACUGUCCCGCUGACCGCACCUGUUCCAGAAGGGCAAGAGUUGGCUCUGUCACACCGCUCAACUUCCCCGGAACUGGAUCUGUCAGAACCUGGCCCUCCACCCGUGUCAUGCAGAGAAGAACAGGAUCUUUCUGAGCCACUUCCAGCAGACCAAGAUCAGCUGGAAGCUGUUCCACUGCCCACCUCGUCUGCACAAGGACAGACGCUUCCGGUGUCCAUUCCACCAGCUGGACCUCUGGAAGAGCGACAGGACUUAGGAGAGUCUCUUCCGCCUUCAGCGCCACAUCUCUGUCAGGCUCCUGCACCAACUCGAUCACCUCCAGCAGAGCAAGAGCCGUCAGAACCUGUCCCACCUGCCAGCUCGACAGCCCAAGACCCAAACCUGCCAGAACCUGAGCCACAAACGGGACGGCCUCCAGCAGCUCCCGAGUCCCCUCCACCAACCAGCUCGCCUCUUCCGAGUCCAAAUCUGAUGGAUGCCUCUCAACCCUCCAAACCCCCCUUGUCGCAGAAGGUGUGCUCGGUCCUUCUGCCGCCCUCCCAAUCCACUUCCAGGGAGCUGUACAAACUGUUCGCCCAAACACACUCAGCAGCCGUGCCUUAUGAACUGUACGGUGAAUUUUCCAGCGAGGAAGACCUCGUUCACGCCACUGAGGAGUCUGUGGAGGAGGGGGAGAAAUCGGAGUCCUUCUUCAUGACCCAGGUGGACGAAGCCUCCCGUUCUCGUUCGACGCUUCCAGGGGAGGCCCCCCCACCGGAGCAGCCGCGGAAAGAAACGGAGAGACAGUGCUAUGUGGUGCCUGAGAAAUACCGGGGGUACGAGCUGCUGCUGGGUGGAGACCCUGGCCCGGAUUUCAUUGAGCCGCAGGGAAUCCAGCAGAACGUCAGAGCCCUGGAGAACGCCCUCCGGCACCAGCGCGUGUAUCGUGACUCAAAGGCCAGGCUAGACAGCUUCCAGAAGCCUUACGUGCCCAUGCGAAAAAAGGUCAGUGGGCCCAUCGAGAGCCUCACGCUUAGACAUAGUUGCUGCCUGGACAAUUAGCCUCAGUCCUCCUUCUGUAAAAUGGGAACAAUAGAGAAACACACAUUUAAACAACAUGGAAACAAGGCUGUGUAGGUGUUGGAAAGGUUUCAGACGCAACGACAACACAGCAUUUCUGCAGACAAUGAAUGCAAGGUGAUCUUUAAGGCGUCUCUCA